AUGCUCUUCAUGGCCAACAAUACGAACAGUAUAAAAUCUAGCGCGAUCACAACGGCGAAUAGUUUACCAAAUAACGAUUCGUUACCAUCAAGUGCAAUUCCUCGAACUAGUCGUGAUCUACUUCAUCCGAAAAAGCCGGCCUUCUCUCCGCGGCUAGCUGGUGCUGGAGUAACGCAAGACAGUAGUCUGUCAUCAGACUCGAACAGUAUCAAUCGUCAAUAUUCAGCAGAUAGUGCUUAUUCAACAACCACGGCUGGCUCUGCUGAAUCCAAUUAUAGUCAACAGUCGUCGGAAAGUUUAGAUGGUGAAGCUCAAGCCGAUGCGCCAACAACAGCGACAGCAUCUGUCGGAGGUUUAACACCACCAGUCAAAUCUCGCGACCAAACACGUCCAGCACUCGAAGCAUUGGAACGAUGUAAAACGAAACCAGUAGCAUUUGCUGUGCGCACCAAUAUCGAUUAUAUACCCGCGCCCGAUGAUCUAUGUCCUAUCCCAAAAGCAGCACUUCCGUUCGGAACAAAAGAGUUCUUACAUAUAAAAGAUAAAUUUAAUAACGAUUGGUGGAUCGGUCGGUUAGUCAAAGUGGAUGCUCCAUUGGGUUUUAUUCCAAGUCCAGCGAAAUUGGAAUUAAUACGCAUAAAUGCCACUCGUAAAAAUAAAAAUCCUGCACAAACGCUAUCAAAUACAGUACCACGAAUUAAAGCAUCUACUCAAAGUCUAGAUAUUAUCGAUCAGGCCAUACCAGGAUUCGGUGAUGAUCUAUUAGGAAAUGAUCUCGAUGGUGAUAAUCACAGUGUCAACAAAUCACGAUUGAAUAUCAAUACGAAUAAAGACAAGAAGAAGAAUUUUUUCAAAAAAACAGUCAAUAUCACUCCAUAUGACGUUGUACCAAAUAUGCGACCUGUUGUUCUCGUUGGUCCCUCUCUGAAAGGAUAUGACGUCACUGAUAUGAUGCAAAAAGCUGUUUUUGAUUUUCUCAAACAUCGUUACGAAGGUCGAAUAAUAAUCACACGUGUGACAGCUGACAUAUCCCUGGCAAAACGUGGCCUACUAAAUAAUCCAUCAAAAAUUGCACUUAUCGAACGAAGUGGAGCUGGAAGUGGUAUCAAUUCUCCGUUGGCAGCAGCUGGAAUGAGUCCGAUGACUGCUCGCGCAACUGGUAUCAAAGAAGUUCACGAUGAAAUUGAGCGAAUAUUUGAAUUAGCACGCAGUCUACAAUUAGUUGUUCUCGAUUGUGAUACAAUAAAUCAUCCAGCUCAGUUACAGAAGACUUCUCUAGCACCGAUUAUCAUCUAUCUGAAAGUCUCAUCACCAAAGGUUUUACAAAAACUAAUCAAAUCACGUGGUAAAAGUCAGCAUCGAAAUUUGAAUGUUCAGUUAGUCGCUGCUGAUAAACUAACGCAAUGUCCUGUCGAUAUGUUCGAUUUAAUUCUAGAGCAGAAUCAAUUAGAAGAUGCUUGUAACAGUUUAGCCACAUUCUUAGAUUCAUAUUGGAAUGCUACACAUCCAAAGCUGGACGAAAAAAAUGAUUUAGCGCAUGACACCACACACGUACCACCACGUCCGACAGCAACACUAGUUGCUCAUUUACCACAAACAAAUCCGAUUGGAUCCGCACCUGUUGUCACUACAACGACCCGUCUUCUUCCUUCGUCACCAUUGUUACAUGAUCUCACUCAAUCACCAAUGCCCAUCAAUCGAUACGGUGCGGCCGGUAUCGGUGGAAAUCUUAUCCAACGCCGGCCAUCUGCAACUCCGUCGGAUUACUACCGACAAACUAUACCAUCACAAGCAGUGAACUCCGCACCUAUCUACGAUGACGAACGCUUUGCCCAUUAUGAAAUGACGAACUUUCGCUAG